AUGGUGGUUUCUCAGCACUGGUUCAACACCCCACACGGGGUUCCACCUGCCUCCCAUAUCUCUAUGACACCACAGUGCUCCCAAACUGAAGAGCUUGCUUUUAUCAAACUAACUACUGUAGAUUUGCGAGGAAACCUCUGUAGAAAUUUUAAAGAAAACAGAAAAUGGCCAAAAUCUGCACAGAGCAUUCGUGUGGCAGCCACAGGUCUGAAAGAACCCAUCAAAUAUAUUCAACAAGAAUACAAGCCACUGGUCAUUGGUACAUUAAAUAUGAACAAUUGCAACAACAAAGAUGAUAAAAAGAUUCAAAAGGAGCUCAUGAAAGAUGACAAGCAAGAUGAAGAAAAGAAAGACAAAGAUGACAAGAAAGAGGACAAAGAUUACAACCAAAAGAACAUGAAAAAAAUAAAAGAUUCUUGGAUCAUGGACCCUGCUACAAACAUAUAUUAUUAUUGGCUUAUCAUUAUGGCAGUUCCUGCUUUCUACAAUCUAAUGAUGCUUGUGACCAGAUCCUGUUUCAAUGAACUCCAAACAGAUUACACCAUGCUAUGGGUAGCACUGGACUAUACUUCAGAUGUUAUCUACUACAUUGACACUUUUAUAAGAUCCAGAACAGGAUUUCUGGAACAAGGACUGCUGGUCAAAGAUUCAAAGAUGCUUUGGGAACACUACAAAAAGACACCCCAAUUUAAAUGUGACCUGAUAAGCAUGAUACCAACAGAUUUAUUGAUGUUACAAUUUGGCAUUAACAGCCCAGAGCUGAGAUUCAAUCGCCUUUUCAAGCUGGCUCGUCUAUUUGAGUUUUUUUACCAGACUGAGACAAGGACCAACUUUCCUAAUACAUUUAGAAUUGGCAACCUUGUACUCUAUAUUUUAAUUAUCAUUCAUUGGAAUGCCUGCAUCUUUUUUGCUAUCUCCAAAACACUUGGCUUUGGGACUGAUACCUGGGUCUACCCUAACAUUAGCGAGCCUAUGUAUGGCCGUCUGUCUUGGAAGUAUACCUACUGCCUGUACUGGUCCACGCUCACCCUUACCACUAUUGGAGAAACUCCAAAACCUGCUAGAGAUAUCGAGUAUUUGUUUGUGGUCGCUGAUUUUCUCAUCGGUGUGCUAAUUUUUGCAACUAUCGUUGGUAAUGUUGGUGCCAUGAUAUCCAACAUGAAUGCUUCACGUGCUCAAUUUCAAGCCAAGAUUGACUUAAUUAAACAGUAUUUGCAGUUCCGGAAGGUCAAUAAAGAUCUAGAGGUCCGUGUUGUAAAGUGGUUUGACUACCUUUGGAGAACAGACAAGACUGGUAAUGAAAAGGAAGUUCUUAAAUACCUACCAGAUAAACUAAAGGCAGAGAUUGCCAUCAGUGUGCAUUUGGAAACACUGAGGAAGGUGCGUAUUUUUCAGGAUUGUGAGGCGGGACUUCUUAUCGAGCUAGUGCUCAAGCUUCAGCCACAGGUCUUCGGUCCUGGAGACUAUGUCUGUAAGAAGGGUGACAUUGGUCGUGAAAUGUAUAUUAUCAAAGAUGGUAAUCUGGCGGUAGUAGCUGAUGAUGGUAUAACACAAUUUGUUGUACUGAGUGAUGGUGCAUAUUUUGGUGAGAUCAGUAUCUUAGGCAUCAAGGGCAGUAAAGCUGGGAAUCGUAGGACUGCCAACAUUCGUAGUGUGGGUUACUCUGACCUCUUCGCCCUCUCAAAAGAUGACCUCAUGGAGGCCUUGAUUGAAUAUCCAGACGCCAAGACUGUUCUUGAGGAAAAAGGUAAGGCCAUUUUGAUGAAGGAUGGCUUGAUUGAUGAGACAGUAGCCAACCAACCAGAUGCCAAAGAAAUUGAAGACAAGGUGACUGUAAUGGAAACUAAUCUAGAGAUGAUGCAAACCAAAUUAACACACAUAUCAGCACAAUGGGCAGCCAGCCAGGGUAGAGUCAAGCAGAAGAUCAUCAAUAUGGAGGCUAGAGUUAAAGCAUCCUCGUUGCAUGAACAAACAGAGAAAUGUGUGAUUGCUUUCUAA